AUGGAUCGCUUGCCGCGCUUCAUGCUCUGUCCCACGGAUGCUGAUGGCACCAACCCCGAGUGCGAUUUGGCGCCCCAUGUGAUCAGCAACAGUUGGACCCACGGCGUCUGGUCAAAUGAAUUCCAGGCCAGCGUCGACGCGUGGCGCGCCGCCGGCAUUGUCCCGAUCUUUGCCGUCGGGAAUCGCGGGCCCAACUGCGGGACAGUCGCCUCGCCUUCCGACUACAAGAACGUGAUCGCGGUCGGGGCCGUAGAGAGCGACGACAAACUGUGUAGCGGUAGCGCUCGCGGGGCGGGUCAUGAUGGCGUGCGCAAGCCCGACGUGACGGCUCCGGGCAAGGAUAUCCGGUCUGCGUGGAACUCAGGUAUCCCGGCGUACUUCACCGCCACGGGCACGUCCAUUGCAACUCCUCACGUCACGGGGACCAUCGCGCUCUACUUGAGCAAAAACAAGGGCGCGACGUACGACAAUGUGUACAGCGCCAUCACCUACAUGUCCGCCGAUACGAGUGGGUUGACGCCCGAGAAGAAAAACUGCGGCGGCCUCUUGGACACUGGGUACCCCAACAACAGCUAUGGCUGGGGUCGCAUCAAUGCGGCGCGCGCGCUUGGUGUCGCCAACAACGACCCAUCCAACCACUCGUAA